GAAGAUUGAUUUGCAUUCAAUAUUUUUGUCAAAUUGACUGAUGAUUGAUAAGUCAUUAGUUUGAUCAUCCACAACGUGUUGCUUACGGUCAGGUUUGCCGCGAGCAAUACUUAUUGUGCAGUGGAGCGGAGGAACAAAGCGAUCAAUGGAUGAAGAUGAGACUGCCCAGCUUAAUUUUUUUCAUCGUGACUGUCUUUAAAGUGUUCUUAAUUGGUGUAACUAUUUAUUAGGAGCCUAGCCUUGCCCUGUUGAAGGAUAGUGUGACAAGGUAAGAUGCUCACCCAUUCUCAUCAGCCAUUAAUAAUCAUUGCGGUUACAGACUUCUACAACAAUUGCGUCAAGGUGCGUUGCAACAGUCUAAACAAUUAGAGCUCGAAUACCUCGUUUUUGCCCGCAUUUUCCUUGUAGUGAAGCUUUCACAGGUGUUAAGCUACGCUGGUGCAUGCAGGUGUUUGACAGCGACGGCCAGUUUGUGCUCGCGUUCGGUAGUCACGGGGAAAGCAACGGGCAGUUCAACGCUCACACGGUUGACGCCCACAACAUCAUCGUCGCGGACUGGGGCAACUGCCGUAUCCAGGGGUUUGACAGCGGCGGGUCGUUUCUGUCGUACAUCAACACGCUGGCUGAUCCUCUGCACGGCUCCCAGGGGCUCGCCUACACUCCUGAUGGCCACGUCGUCGUCGCUGACAGCGGCAACCACUGCCUUAAAGUAUACCGCUACCUGCAGUAGGGGCUGGAAGAGGUGCUUCAGGAUGGACUAAUGAUGGACGGGUAGGAGUUGCUGCAGUAGAAGACCCCUACAACCAGGACACCUACAUUCAGAGGCGCGAGGAACGGCUAAUGAAAGCCAAGAGAGGAAGGCUGUGGCUUAGGGAAGAAAAGGUAGAGCAGGAGGAGGGACGGGCAGAAGAGGAUCGUAGAUGAUUUUAGGCAGUCUUCACACGCGGUGGAGCCGUUCCGGUCCCAAAGUGGAGGAUGCAAUGGCACAAACCACCGUAGUUAUGA